CCGCAUAAUUAGAGAAUAGUUAUUGCAAUAUUACUGUAACCAAUCAUUGAUUAAUUACUGUCAUUAGAUUCGUCGCGAAAAGUUACACUCAACCCUGGAAAAGUUUUGCAAAUAAAUUCCAUUUAGUACUCCAUGCAUGCGAGAUUCUUUUCUAGCGCUAGAGAACCAAAUAGGACCAUUAUGUUCCUUUCAAUAGCUCUUUUCUGAAUUCCAGUGAAUCGACGUGUCAAUAUAAAAAUCCUAGUAGUAGAGUUGGUAUCUACUAUGGGCAGUCCUUUCUGUACGUGAGCAUGACUGGUUUUGCAGUAAACAAAGGUUAACCGAUUUUGGUGCCAUCGCAAUUUGUCAAACUCGAUACUCCAAACCUGCAACCUUCAUUCUGUGUUAGAUCUUAUCACUUCUGGAUCUUUUGCCAUCUCCACUUUGGACGAUUCCGCAGACAUUAUCCAACCUCCAAAAUCCCCAGUAUCAGCUCAUCCCACCCUCUGCAAGAUACCUUCCAGACCAGAACAUCUCACUUAUUUGCUGUCGCUUCUCGACCGUGAAGUGUGAACGGCAACUGCAUGAUCUCUGUAAAACGCCCUUGGGACAGGAACGGCGAUCACGAUUUCAUCCGAGAUGUCAGAUGUGACGGUCGCUGUGACUGACGCACCAACACUUUGACGCGGCAACCAUUGAUGCGGUCAGAGAAACUCAACACCACCAGCACCAUAGAGCCUACGCCGGAUCAGAAAAUUGCAAAGCUCUGCCGGCCGGAGGAGCCGGAGCGCGGCGCUGCCCGCCAAAAGCCCCAUUUGGCAGGCCCUGUCUCGCGAGACCGUUUCCUCGUCGUCCCCUUCGCAUUUCACCACGUCGCCCACUCGCCCCUGUCACGUACCAUGCGAACACCGGAGGAUGCUUCCGCGGCGCUGUCACUGCUCCGUGUAGCAGAGCCAUCACCUCCUCGUCGUUUCGAUCACGUCCUCCCAUUCAUUCCCACCAAUGGCGCCGCCGCCGUCGUCCUUGCUCCGCGACCUGCUCGUCGCUGACGGCUUCAAGAACCGUCGCAGGCCGACCGAAGGCUCUGCGCCGGCGGGCUCGAGAGCCACGAGCAUGUCGCUGCAGCAGCGGCGCCCGGGCAAGCCCGCUCGCUCGCAGUCCGACGUGCUCACCCGCAGCCGCCUGAGGGAGAUGAACGGCGAUCCAGGCGGCGGCGGGAGGGACGCUUACGGUGACGAGCGGCGGGCCGCGACCGCCACGCGGAGGUCGUCGGCGUCGCAGACGACGAGCGCGAGGAGCUACAGCAACAAGGGUGCCAGCGACAGCGGCGGCGCUGGAGACAGGAGGGGUUCUGUGUCCGCCUCUGCGGCCGCGGUGCCAGCGCUCGACGAGUCCGCGCUCACCGCGCUCAUCUCCCUGGCCGCGGGGGCCAUGAAGCGGUUCGUCAAGGACGAGGCGUUCCGCACCUCGCUGCGCGCAGGCUGCGCCUCGUGCCUCGGCGACUCCAACCACCGCGCCGUGCUGGACCUCCGCGUGCACGCGCAGACCGUCGAGCGGGCCGCCAGGGAGGACCUCGACCCGCGCGACCUGAAGCGCGCGUCCCUCAAGCUCCACGAGGUGGCGUCGCUCGACGCCGGGGGCGCGGAGGCGGUGACCGCGGCGGGCGUGCCGUACCCGCGCCUCGCCGCGUGCGCGCACGUCUACAUGUCCGCCGUCUCCAAGCUCCAGAGGCGGGACCACUCCGCCGCGGUGCACGCCCUGGAGGCCUUCUGCCUGGCGCCGCGCGAGGCGCGCACGCUCCUGCUCCCCACGCUCUGGGACAGGCUCUUCCGCUCGGGCCUCUCGCACCUCAGGACGUGGCGCGACCGCGAGUCCGCCGCGGCGAGCUCGGACGAGAGGGCGAAGGAGGUGGAGAAGACGUUCGUGGACGUGCUGGACGACGGCACGCGCCUGCUCGCGUGCUACUACAGGGACUGGCUGCUGGGGCGCACGGACGCCAUUGCUCUCCCGGAUGUCCCUGCUCCUCCGAGCACCGUCCAUGCCAGCGCGCCGAGGUGCUCGGCGUCGACGUCGUACGACAUCAGCUCGGACGUCGUGUUUAGCUCCGGGGGUUCGAGUCCGGUCAAGUUUGCGUACGAUGGCACAAUGCAGAAAUCCGAGGAAAUCGAGGAGGAAGACGAGGGGCACGCCAUGGCGGCAGAUGCAGAGGGCGUGUUCCAUGAGUACGAGGCCGGCGAAGCAAGAAGCUACCCUCCUCCCGUUCUGCAGGUUGAAGAAAGCGUGUUUACGCCUAACAACAUAGUCAAACAAACCUCUGAACCACAGGUUGAAGAUGAACCGAUCAAGGAAUCAGAUGCGUCGACAAGUUAUCGUCCGAUCUCUGACAUCUCAGCUAUCGACCUUCUAACGCUCGAGUUCUGUGAAGGGCCGCUCCAGAGCGAUUUCCUUUGUCCACUGACACGGCAGAUCUUCAUCAAUCCCGUGACAAUCGAGACGGGCCAGACAUUCGAGCGUCACGCUAUAGUGCUGUGGCUAGACAGAGGCUUCAGGACGUGCCCGGUUACAGGCCAAGAGCUCCUGAGCUCGUCGAUUCCAGACACGAACCGUGUGCUCAGACGCUUGAUCGAUAGCUGGAAGUCUGAACGCUGCAAGAAUCGCGUCUCCGGAAGCACCUGGCCUGAAGAGAAGCUGACUGUAACGGUUAUCGACAAGGUCUUCGGUUCAGCCGGCGACAUGCCUGAAAAACUCGAGAAGGCGAGGCACUUGAUGGCGAUCGGUGGUAUCGACUUUCUCCUGCACAAGUUUCAGGAAGGAGGAGAUGAGCAGCAACGUGUAGCCGAGCACCUGCUGUUUUGCAUCAGGGCUGAAGGCAGCUGCAGGAAUUACGUGGCUAUAAAGAUCGAUGGCUCAAGCGUUCUCCGGCUUCUCCAUAACAAAGUGCUUUCAGCAAGGGGAACUGCAGUGUGUCUGCUCACUGAACUGAUCUGCUUGAGAAGAAGGGAGAUGUUCGAACUGCUCCUGGGUGGAUUGGGAACAGAGUCGGUCUUGCAGGCAAUGGAUGUGCUACUGGAGCAUCUCCGAAGAUUGCCGGUCCAAGAACAAGCCCCAGUUGCUAUUCUCCUUUUGCACUUGGAUGCAUUGGUAGAGGCAAACAAAGACAGCAUGUGCAGAGAAGAAGCUGCCAAGAUCAUCACACAGUCUCUUAGAUGCUGCAUGUCCGAUGACAACGUCGUGGCGAGCACUCGGAAAGCUCUGCUGCUGUUGGCAGGGCAUUUCUCCUUCUCAGGCGACCUUCUCGCAGAGGACUGGAUGCUGAAACAAGCCGGGUUUGUGGACGCCUCACCUGAAGGCCCUAUCAAUUCCGAUGCUGUUGUACAGGACAAGGAAGCAGCCGGAAACGAGGCCUGGCUGAGGCACGCGACGGCGGCGCUCCUCGGCAGCAGCGGGGUCAGGAGGCCGUUCCUCGAUGCGCUGUCCAGGUGCCUGGGGUCCCCCGACGCCGGCCUGGUGGGCGCGUGCCUGACGACGGCGGGGUGGCUGAGCCGCUCGCUCGCGGCGUCGCAAGACGCCGACGCCACGGACACGGACACGUCCCUCGCCGCGUUCUCGGCGCUCGUCCCGCGGCUGAAGCAGUGCCUGGCCCCCGCCCGGCCGGCGCGGCACCGGGUCCUCGCCGCCGUGUCGCUCCACAACUUCAGCAAGAUCCCAGACUGCAGGGAGCUGCUGCUGCUGCUGGCCGACGGCCUGCGCGACCACCUCGCCGAUCUCGCGCAGCUGACUGGGACGGCCGGUCAGCUGUCCGCCGAACUCCAGGAACGGCAUUGACUUCCCCGCGCGCGCCGGGUCGGUCGCCGUAGCCCGUAGGGGAGCCGCCGGCGACGGGGCUCUCGUCAUCCUCGCAGGGGUGGAUUAGAUUCAUCAGCUGUACUGCUGGAAGUGUCUGAAACCCGCUGCUUUUGUUGACCCGUUCGGUCGUCAGAUACAAAACCCUUUGAAGUGAACUCGAAACAGCCUCUCCGAGAGCGACAGAGGCAGUACAGUGGCACAGUCUAUCUUCUAUUCUUCUUCUU